UACAUACAUACAUACAUACAUACAUACAUACAUACAUACAUACAUACAUACAUACAUACAUACAUACAUACAUACAUACAUACAUACAUACAUACAUACAUACAUACAUACAUACCGAUCGGUGCCCAAAAUCCCUAGCUAUCUCUCCCACGCAUAUAUCUAAAUCUAAUUAAUACUGAUCGAGUCUUGAGAAAGCUAGAGCCGAUCGAUCGAUGGCUCAAGUGUGGGGGUUCCCGAAAUGCGUGGCGAUCACCCGGGGCAACCAACAAACCUGAGCACCGUGCAAAGAGGGCGUGCGGCGGCGGAGGAAUUGGCCGCCGGCAGCAAGUUCGGCGAGGUAAUGUUGGACGACGGGGGCCUCAUGAGGCCUCACGUCAGGUUCUACAUCGAGCUGUCCAGGGAGUACCAAGGGCUGGUGCACGUCAGAUGCUACAACAACAAGUACUGGGUGCCCGAGCAGCCAGCCGGCGGCAUCAGCUUCGCCGUCAUGGGCGUCGCGGAUAAGCCGGAGGAGGACCCGUCUAAGCCAUCAUGCACCUUGUUUGAGCCCACCUUCAAUGCCAGUGGCGAUCAUCCGAGUGACCCUCUCCGAUCCGUCAGCUUCUUCCAUGUCCAGCUAAAACAAUAUGCUACGUUCACAACUCAACCGGAUAUGGAGGGUGAACCGAAGGAGAGAAGACCCAGAGACUUCUUUUGGCUAGGAAGUGAGCCGAGUUUCUUCAUACUCAUUGAUUUGUCGCAGCUUGCAGUGUUGCCUCGAUAUGUUGCUUUCAAAGGCAACAACGGGAAAUACCUCAGGCUGGGAGACAAUGAUUAUCUUGAAUUUACAGCAUCUCAAGUCUCAGAUCCAAGAGCGAUCAACACAGUUGUCAGUAAUAAUGACGGAACCGUCACUUUAAAAUCCAGAGGUAACGGCAGGUAUUGGGCGCUCGAGAGGGGAAUUGGUGUUCGUUGUAUACGAGCUGACGCAGCAAGAGUUGGUACACUGGAGCCUGAGAAGGUAUUCAAGGUGGCUAAAGUUGGGAAUUACUUUACACUCGAGAACAUUCAGAACAAUCAACUAUGUAAGAGUACUGCAGACGAUAGGUUAGGAACUGAAGCUGGCAGCAGCAGCAGCAGCAGCAGCAGCGGCAGCAUCGCGGAAGAAGCAAAACUGUUGCUGGAAGAGCCAGUUCUAAGCCGGGAGAUCUACAAUGUUGUGUACAACGAAACAGAUAGCCCCAGGAUCUACGGCGGCACGGACUUCAGCAUGGUCUCGGCAUCGGCUGUAAACCGCAGCGCCAAAUAGAGCAGCAAACUGAAGCUAUCCCUGAAGCUCACGCAGAAGGAGACAAGGACCUGGGACACGACCGUCUCGCACAAGGCAGGAGUCUCGACCACGAUUGAAGUCGGGAUCCCGAAAAUAGGAGCCGGUCUCACCAUCGAAUUCGACUACGAGUUCUCCAAGUCAUUCAGCUGGGGAAACCGUCGAGGAGAAGCAGAAGGAACAGAAUGUGGAGUAUGAGGUCACGGUGCCGCCCAUGAAGAAGGUGACCGUAAGUGCGGUUGCAAGGCAGGCUAAAUGCGAUGUCCCCUUCUCCUACACGCAGAAGGAUGUUCUGUACGACGGGACCGUGGAGACGACCUAUCAUGACGAUGGCAUGUUUACUGGCAUGAAUAGCUUUGAUGUCCAGUACGUGACCAGGGAAGAAGAUCUCUAGCCAUGAAGAGUACCAGUGUGUGUGUGUGCGCGCAUCUCGAUCAUUAUCUACUUAUUAUUGCUCCUUAAUUUUAUGUGCUCUUUAAAUAAAUUAAAUAAUAAAGCCCCACUUUUCGAGCGGGCCUUAAUUUACAAAAUGUUGUGUUGUCGUUACCACGAUAUACAUGUUUCCUUUAUUGCUGUGUAA